AUGUCUACACUUGACCAGAAUCGUUUGUGGCGCAAGAACAGGGCUCAUUCUACCUCCUCCAUUUGCAUCGGCUUUGACCUCAACAGAAAGUUUGGAUAUCAGUGGGGAGGACUCGGGACAAGUAGUGACCCUUGCUCCGAUAUUUACAAGGGAGCGUCAGCCUUUAGCGAACCAGAAAGCAGGACUCUCAGAGAUGCUAUGUUGCCCCUGACUGGCAAAGUUGAGGUGUUUCACCACACGACAACCAAGAAGACGAUCGAGUCAACUCGUACAGAAGAAGAAGAAGAAGACCAAGACGCUGUCCUGCAUUCGGGUUUCAAAUUCUUCGGUGAAAAGGAGACGGACGACUUUGACACAAUGAGUACCACGAACGCAGAUCCGAUUUACAGAGUUUACGAUAAUGAUCAAGUUGUCAUCAGUAUCAAUUCCAAUAUAAUAUUGUGCGUGGGAUUCCAACCUAUUUCUUAA